AUGACUUCCGAUACCCCUGCCCUGUCUCCCAUCGGAGCCUUAGGUCAAUCCCCUCCUCGCCCGUCGGUCGAUGCUCACAGUCAUCCAUCUGCUCCAUUCCUUCACAACCUAACCCAGCGGCUUCGCAAGGGCUCCAACGCCAGCUCCCACAGCAGCGAUCACUCCACCCCUCAUGCUCCGCCGCCUCCCGAUCCAGUGACGAAAACCGAAUCCUCGCGGGCAACAAGGCGCAUGCUGUUCUCCCUGAUUAAAGAUGACUGGGAAUAUCCUUCUACAACGGUCAGACACAACGACACGGGCCUCCUGCCGCGUGAACCCAUCGGGUAUCGGCGGCGCGAGGAAUCCCAAUCAGACAUUGAAGCUGAAGAGAUGAUCAUCCGGCGGGGUCUCCGUUCCAAGUCGGAUCCAUACAAAUUUGAAAACCCGGAUGCGGUGGGCAACUUCGUAGCUGAACGUCUACGCAAGCGCCGCAGACUUUUGGAAGAAGAGAUGCAAUGGAAUGAAGGGCUGCGGACCUGGGCGCAGCGCCGUGAUGCUUGGACGGGUGCCGUGAAACAUAACCCGAGCCUGGACCAGGCCGACCACACACAACGCCCGAACGUCGGCAGCCAUGCGAACACGUGGUCGUCGUCGUCGUCGGCUAAGCGACUUCGGCACAAAUCUCGGCUUUCACAAUCAAUGACCCACGAGCGCAACACCUCCAACAGCCCGACCGACUCGCCCCUGUCCCCGUGCUCGAAUGCGACCUCCCACUCGUCAUCCUCACCAGAAUCGUCGUCAGUUGGCAGCAACACGGAAACCACCAGUGGCGGCGGCGGCGGCGGUGGCGCCAAUGCCACCGAACCGGCCGGCGGUCCAUGGCUACCCAUCUUCCCACCCAUCCUCCCUGCCGAGGAUACGCUGCGCGACCGGAUCAAGCCUCAAGCAUAUCCGACCAUCUACAGUAAAGUCGUGGUGCAGUCGAUGACGCCCAACGUGCCCAUCCCACUCAAACACCUGAUCCCGGCCCUGGUAGUGGGCUGGAAAUCCGAGGGCAGCUGGCCGCCGCAGCCGGCGUCCAUCUCGGCGCAGGACGUGAAGAAGGGCCGGCGAUCGUCCGCGUUCGCAAAGUGGAGGCGAGAACACCACUUCGACACCAAAGCCGCCGAGCACACGGCCGGCGCCAACGACGACGGCAAGUCCCGCGUCCGCCGCAGCAUAGGCAUGAUGCGCAAGGUCCUCGGCGGCGUGCAUGCCGACGCCAACGCCAACGGCGGCCUCGACGACCUGGGCAUCGAGUUCCGCGAGCAGGACGAGGACGAGAUGCAGAAGAACGUCACCUUGAACAAGAGCCUUUUGGGUGUCGAUAAUGGGCAUGAUCGUGGCCAUGAGCAUGAGCAUGAGCAUGAGCAUGGACACGGACGUGGACACGACCACGAAGAUACAUGA